AUGUCAAUAGUUCCAAAAAUCAGUUUAAAAGAUUUCGAUAAUCGUCGUGAAGAAAUCAAGCGUCAAUUGUAUGAUGCUGCCACCAACAUUGGGUUUUUCGUUUUAGUUGAUCAAGAAUCUCCUAGUGUUGAUGAUAUUGAGAAGGCAUUUGAAUUAUCAGCAAAAUAUUUUGCUUUACCUCAAGAAGUUAAAGAAAAAAGACCAUUUGUUAAAUUAGAAAAUUGUGGUUAUGAAUUUAAAGCUCAAGUAAGACCUUCAACUGGAACUACAGAUUUAAAAGAAAGCGUUCAAUUACAAUAUCAUAAAAAAAAUCUUUAUUGGCCCGAAGCUGAAGAUAUUUCUCAAGAAUGGAUUGAUUUUAUGGAAGGAAUUAUGAAAAAGAAUCAAGAUAUUUCCAUGAAAGUUCUUAGUUGUUUCGCUGAAUGUCUUGGAUUUGAAUCUGAUUUCUUUACUAAAGCUCAUGAUAUAAGUAAAACUACUGCUCAAAGUACUCUUAGAUUAUUACAUUAUCCUGAUAUUUCCGGACAAAAAGUUGAACCUGAUAUGUGGAGAGCUGGUGCUCAUACAGAUUUUGAUUGUAUGACAUUAUUAUAUCAAAGAACAGGAGAUCAUGGAUUAGAAGUUUGUCCUGGUAGAAAAUCUCAUACCGAAUUUGCCAUUGGAGAUGAAUGGAGUCCAGUUGAAGCUAAAACUGGAGAAAUUGUUAUUAAUAUCGGAGAUAUGCUUAUGUCAUGGUCCGAUGAUAAACUUAAAUCUAACUUUCAUAGAGUUAGAACGCCCCAAAUUGACGAAAACCAAAAAUCAAGAUAUUCUAUUGGCUGGUUUAAUCAAGCUAAUAAAGAUGUCAACAUUCAAGGACCUGAAAAGAAAUAUCCUCUUACAACUGGUGAAGAAUAUAUCGUCAGUGCUAUGAAGAGAAAUUAUGAAAGGUUAUCGGAAAAAAUUAAUUCCUUAUAG